UUGCCCCGUUUCCGCCCGUCAGGCGAGCAGCGAGGAAGCCUGUACGCAUGCGCAGCCCCUGCUAGGGGCGGGGGGGAGAAGAGUUUCCGCCCCGCACUGACAUGGCGGCUCCGCGUGGGCUCGAGCGGGCGUAGGGCGGCCGGAAGUGAGGCUCGGAGCCCCUGCCGCGCGCUCGCCGCCCCGCGCUCGCCAUGGCUGGGAUCCUCUUCGAGGACAUCUUCGACGUGAAGGACAUCGACCCCGAGGGCAAGAAAUUCGACCGGGUUUCCCGCCUGCACUGUGAAAGUGAGUCUUUCAAAAUGGACCUAAUCCUGGAUGUGAAUAUACAGAUCUACCCCGUGGACCUGGGUGACAAAUUCCGCCUGGUUAUCGCCAGCACUUUGUAUGAAGAUGGGACCCUGGAUGAUGGGGAGUAUAAUCCCACUGACGACAGGCCGUCCAGGAGGGUCAGGUCUGUCUCUCUCCACCCCUGGUGUCUUGUUGCACGCAGGGCCGACCAGUUUGAAUAUGUGAUGUACGGGAAGGUGUACAGGAUUGAGGGCGAUGAAACAUCCACAGAGGCAGCCACACGCCUUUCUGCCUACGUGUCCUACGGGGGUCUGCUCAUGAGACUCCAGGGAGAUGCCAACAACCUGCAUGGCUUCGAAGUGGAUUCCAGGGUUUACCUCCUGAUGAAGAAACUGGCCUUCUAACCGCAGGGGGCCGAGCAGCUGGGGACUGCGGCUGCAGCUGGGACCCUGCCUCACACGCAGGCUUUGCAAAUCAACACAGCCUUGCUGGCCGAGACUGGGACCCUUGUGUUCAACGGCCGCUGGAUUUCAGCUCUUUUGGCCCAUCAGGACCCUCUGGAGUGACGCAAAAAGGGAGCCACUAGGCUGUUGUACUCCCUGCUGGUCCAGAUCCCUGCACCACCUGCAGUUCUGCCAAUAAUGCCCCUCUGCUGGGGCCUGCAGCCCACUCCUGUUCCAGGCCAGCGCUCUGCCCCUCGUGAGCAGGGGGAUAGCUCUAGGCAGGUCCCUGGCUGGAGGCGAUGGUGAGUGGCUGCCGUGUGUGCCGCAGGCUCCUUUCCAGACCCCUCCUUUCCCAUACUGGCUGUGGGGUGCUUCCCUGUCGGCUCCACUCUGCUGGCUGCAUGGCAAAUGUCUGCACCAUUUCCAGCAGUCCUUGUGUUUCGUGGCCUCUGUGUUGGCUGGGAGCAGGACAGGGAAUCGUUAUGAGCCAGCCCCACCUGGUUCUUUACUAAAGUGGGUUCUUCGGAUGUGUCUCUGCUUAGGUCACUCUAGCACGUGUGAGAUGUGGGGGCGGGGAAAUGAGAGGUGCCAAGGAGAUGCGACAUUGUGAGACUGGCCAGGACUAGGACCACAGGGAUCGAAUCAAACGCUUCAGCCCCGUAGAUUGCUACGCUCUGGUGCGAGAGCUCCAGUCCCGACGUCCUGCUAAAACCAUCAGCAGUGACACAGCUAAAACCACUGGUUUUAAGAUGGGGAGUUCACCUCUUUCUGCACUCUGGCUUCUAGGUGCGCAGACCUGACUGUGUCGGUCCCUUGUUUCAGGCACAGCUGCACUAGUUACACUGGAAGGUUUCCUUUGCGACUCUAAGGGCUAGACGCUUCAUUUUGUCUCCGAGUUGACUCUGCUGUUGUCCUCCCUUCCCCACGCCAGUCUUUUCUGGCUAUAUCCAGACUGUAACCCUGGGUUAUGACUGUAAAAAGUUUUGGGACCUGCUAUUUGUGCAGCCUCAAUAAAAAGGGGAGAGGGCUCCCCCUGCCGGA